AUGGCCCAAGUUCCGGACGCGUCUACAGUGCCAGUGCCUGAUGACAACCGACAGCACCUGCUGGAGGAGCGAACUCUUUUGCGUCGCCUCCGGCAACUCCAGCUCAAGCUCAUGCUUCGCCUACUGGAAGCCAAGUGGGUGGAGUACAAGCUGGAAAUGGCCUUGGUGAAGGCCAACCAGCAGAACCAGCAGUUGAUAGCUGCCCUCAUGAGAAGAAUGGAUUUGGAAGAGAAGCGUCGAAAUGAGGCUGAAGAGAAGGCAGCGGAGACCGCACGUUUGGUUGCGGAGGCUGCAGCUAGAGCCAAGACGGAAGACCCGUUUGCAGCUGCACCGAGCACACCUUCUGUGCCUUUUGCAGGAGCUACCUCGUCUUCGAGCUCUGUUCGGAGCCCAUUGGUGCAGAAUAGGGCGGAGAAGUACCUUCCAUCUCUGCCGAUGCUAGAGCAUCAAGGCAUGAACAAGGGCAGGAUGCGAGAAGUCGAGACGUGGCAUGCCUACUUGGAGACACUGUCAUCGUGGCUUGCUCUUCAAGAUGAGUCUUUCGUUCGAGAGUUGCAACUCUGCGUCAAGCAAAAGAAUGAGAUCCUUCAGAAGGAUUUGGCGGAUGAUGUUGCUGCUCGAAGUGCGAAGCUUUACUACUAUCUCACCCAAUCUCUCUCACGUUGGGAAAGAGGUCAGGAGUUGCUACGCUCGUGCUCGAAAAGGCAGUCUCUGAGUGCCUGCGGAUACGAGGCGGUGAGGACUAUCACGCAGCAAUACAGCAUCGUGUCUCGCAUGGAAGCUGUCUACGUGCGGGAGCAGUGCCUCAAGUUGGCGACUACGUGCCAGCAUCAACGACGGCCGACAGACCUCAUCCGUCACUUGGAGGACGAGUUUUCUCGUGCCGAAUCCAAGCUUGGGAACUUUCCAGAGUUGCGUCUCACGGAGGCUGACCGCUGCAGUGUUUUGCUGCAAGCUCUGAGCCAGGAGCUCAGACAGUACGUCGUUCUUCAUGGAAAGAGCAACGACUGGACAUCGCUGAGCGAUAGCCUUCGGUACUAUGAGGAGCAGCUUCGUCUGUGUGAGGGUCCGUUUUCCUCAAAUCGGCAGAUGUCAGGAAAGGGUGACAAGCUUUGUGACCACUGUGGACGAAAGGGACACCUGGCUAAGGACUGCUGGAGCCGUCAGCGUGAAGCCGGUGAAAAGGGCAAGAAGGGCGACAAGGGCAAGAAGGGCGAUGGCAAGGGAGCGCAGAAUCCCAAAGGAAAGCCACGCUCUCCAACGCCGAAAGGCGGAAAAGGCGGCAAAGACAAGGAGCAGAAGCCCGACAAGCCUGAUAAAGGCAAGGGCAAAGGCAAGAAGAAGAAGAAGGCUAGAGCCCGGGCUAUGGGAGAACCAGAGUCCGAGGCAGAGUCCGAGUCUUCGAGGACCUCCACCGUGAUGGCGAUGAGGUUUGCCAAGCCUUCUGCUGUACGAGAAGUACUGAGCCAGCCUGAGCCUGAGAAGCCUAAGCCCGUAGAGGCAGUCCCUAGACCGGUCGCUGUAGGGCCGAAAGUCACUGUAGAUGAGAAGGUAGGCACCCUGACUGGAAAGAAGAAUGUCCGCCUGGUUGGGGCGAAACGGGCCUGGUGGGCGAUUAGCGGAAAGAAGCAGAAAGCUCCUAAACGCCCAUCCAAGGGAUCGGACAUGGAGAUCGACUCUCUUCCUGUUGACAAGGAACCCAGGAAAGACAUUACUGCAGGACCAAGCAUCCUGAAGAAGACUUCGAAAGAAGUGAAGAGUGAUGAGAAGCCUGGAAAGGACGAGAAGUCUAUCCGCCAUGUCUUGACGGGAACGCCGUUUGAGUUCAUGUUGCGCGGGAAGGUGCUGAGCAUGUCGGAACCUCGAAUGGAGGUGGAGCAAGAUUCCCACAACUCUCCAGCGGAGAGUACCGGGCAGGAGGUUGUGUUUUUGAAUGCACCCGUAGAGCCUGCACCAGCAGAGGCGGCGCCAGCCGAGACUGCGGACGCAGGGGCUUCAGUUGCCCCCUUCAAUGUUUUCUCGAGGAGAAACGGAAGAGGAGGAAGCAUGGGGAAGAUGGAGACAAGCAAGCCUUCGCAGCCAUCAGACGAGCCGCCUCUGAUAGUGAAGUGGAGAAGCAUGCUGAGGGGGCCGCGCUACAGGUAUUUUAUGCAAGCGAUACGACAACAGCGAGAAGAUCUGAUUGCAUGUGGAUACCCUGUGCCGGCAAUUCCAGAGAACGACCUGGAACCUGCAGUUCCACUUAUGUCUAUCGGAGAUGGACUCGUUUAUUCUUCCCGCCAGGGGACCAUCUUUGCGUCAUUGACAGAUGCUUUGAUGACCGACGGCUACCUCCUCGAGGUUGGACAGAAGCUCCUUGGGCGGAUCCAACGUCCAGACCCAGGUGUGGGACCGUGCCUGGGAACGGGGUGGUCCAAGAGGCUUCGCGAUCACGAUCCCGAUCCUCUGGAUGGAACGCCCUACAUCAGCGCAGAGGUUGCGUGGGCGCUGUGGCUGCCCGAGUUUCCGGAAGCCCCGGAUCAUGGAGGCAUCCUUCCGGUGAAGAGAAAGAGGGAUUUUUCCCAGCUCACCGACGAGUUGUUGGACGAGCAUACUACAAGGUUCGAAAUCGCGGGUCAAGGCCGCACUCUUCAUCAACGCGGCGUGCGUGCAAGGGACGCGCGUGCCGCUAUCGGAGGGUAUACUCCCGAUCCAAGUCACCUACGCCACCAGAGUGGCGGGGACGUGGCUGCGCUGGGUUACAUCAAGCGUAUCCUCAAGGUCCUGACCGUUUACGAGGCCAUGCCGGAAGCGGAACGCAACCUUUUGGCUGGAAUGUAUCCAGACGACGUCGAGCUCCAGCUCGAGUGGGUGCCAGGCUCAGCCAUCAGGCAUGGGUGGCGUGCGUUAAUGGGGGCAAUGGAUCAGCGCACCCGGCGCUAUAUCGAGUUCGAAGCAGUGGUCCGAAAACGGGAGGACUUGCAGUCCGCUCGACCCAAGGUCAAGGCCAGAAGGACGGCUGCAGCUGCUUCCACAGAUACUGGAGGUGGAAUUGGAGCGAUGGACGAAGGAUGUGGGCUCCUCUGCGCCGCCCCCACCGUCUCCUAUCAUUAUGGAGCCAUCGCCGGACGGGUACAAGUUCGAUCCAGCAGCCCUAGGAACCCCUCAGGGGGACACUGCGGCUCCUUCGACACCGGUGCCUCCUUCGCCUUCCGCAGUUUCAUUGGCCCCUUUGGAGUCCUUCAAGUUCUUGGAUGUUCCACCUGUUGCUCCUCCUGGUCCCUCGGGCCACAGUGUGGAGCCGAUGGUGGUGGAAAAGGAGCGGGCCCCAGAAACUCCAGGACCCACGGCACCGGUUGGAGUUCCACAACGGAGAGUGUGCCGGAGACCCCUCCUCCAGGGGAGAUUCCAGGUCCCGGUUAUGUCCCGAAGGCAGCUCCUGGGGAAAUUCCAGGUGCUCUGUCGAAAUCCAACACAGCACCAGCGGGGGCUACACCGAAGGCCUGGUCUGUGGUCCCAACUUCCUCGCCUUUGACGGUUCCAGAAGCGCCAGUGGCUGUAGAGUCUUUGCCUGCAGUUCCAGAGCCAGCAACCGUGACAGCGGAGGAAGGGCCUACCUCCGAGACCGCUACAUCAUCCGCAGCGGGUGCCCUUCCGCCUCCGGGCGGCUUGGGUCAAACAGCCGAAGAGAGGGAGUUUGUGCUUCCUUCCCCUGGACAGAAGAAGUGA